CUUCAAUUUCUUUCUUCUGCUUAUCAGCUUUUUCUUUCCUUAUUAAUCAUGGCUUAUACUCAUGUUAUCACAGCUCUUGUCUUUGCAUUAGUUCUUGCUAGUUUUGACCUAUCAUCAUGCCAAAUAGUAAAGGGAAAAGUCUCUUGUGUUGAAUGCACUCACAACUACGAUUUAUCUGAUAUUAAGGUCUCAGUGAAGUGUGAAGGUGUCAAAACCCUAGCUAUAACAGCAACAGAAAAAGAUGGUUCCUUCAAGGCUAACCUUCCCUCAUACCAUACAAUAACUUCUACAAACUGUUUGGCAAAACUUCUUGGUGGACCAACUCAGCUUUACACCAAAAAACAAAACCAAGUUUCACAAAUCACCAAAGGAAAAGAACAAAACACCUACACCAUCUCUACUCCUCUUAGUUUCAUGAUAUCAUGCCCUAAAAACACAAAUUGUAAGGCUGCAAAACCUGUUGGUUCAUCCAAAACUGUUGACCUUCCUCUUCCUCCAGCAUGGGGUUUGGCACCAAGUAGCUAUUAUGUGCCUUUUGUUCCUAUCAUUGGAAUACCUUAAUUAAUCAUGUUUGUUCAAGUGAUGAAGAAUAAUCACUUUAGUAAUAAAGUUUAUAGGGAGCAAUAGACUUUUAUAUAGUCUUGUUUUGUUAUGUAUAAUCAUUAUAAAAUUAUAGAUGUAAUGGUGUUUGUAUCAUAUAUGCAGCUAUUGACAAAUGCAACAUAUAUGUAAUGAUGUAUCAUGUGUGCUUGUGAAAUUUUAGUAUAUAAUAUAUAUUCAUGUGCUUUCUGAGUUUUAACACAGAUAUAUGUUGUAUUGUUGAGGAA